GGUUCAGGGAAAGACGCCAUAUUGUCAAAGUGCAGCGUUAGUUUGGUGGGAGCGAGAACCCGGUCUCGGCAUUGCUUUUAUCUAAGGAAGAAGAAAAAAAAGAAUCGUAACAGCAAAAGAAAACAAAGUUUAAGCGCUAUUUAAGAAGAGAAGAAGCAGAUCGCAGGGAGAGAGCAGGAGAACGGAAGGCAGAGCCCGGUGUAGCGGAGGUCCCGGUGGGUUGUGGUUGCCGAGCCGGUGGUUCGUGAGGUGGUCGGCGCUUUGUUUGACAGAGGUUUUCUGCUGGGCUGAGGGCGAGCACUGUUUGAUGGAUCCGAGGGUGGCUUGGAUUCAGCCGGAGCAAAAGGGACCUGCCAAUGCCUUGUGGAUGCAGAUCUGGGAGACGUCUCAGGGAAUGCGCAGCAACUCGGCUCACCACCAUCAUCCGCUGUACCUGAACUCGCCGGCGCUCGACACACCGCCGAGCAGCAGCGGCGGGGGCCUCGCCUCCCCCGGCUUAGCGCCCGCCACCGAGCACGGCCACCGGACCGGUCCCCCGGCCGCCGGCCGCCCCGACACCGGCAAUGGCCCUGGGCCAGGGCCGGGGCCGGGCAACGGCGAGGGCUGUAGGGCGCUGCAGAAGUCCUCUUCAGCCUCAUCGUCUUCCUCUUCGUCCCCUUCCCCCGAAUCGGGUACCGGCAGCUCCUCGUCUUCGUGCUGUUCCACCUCCUCCUCGGGAAGGACUAAAGCCGGCACCGGCACCUACUUCAAUCAUCACAAUUUCACGGAAAUGAAUGGUGGCGGGAUUGGCAAUAACUUGGUGAAGAACAACAACUACCACAAUAACAAUUUGAAGAGCUUGGUGGUGGGAGGGAGAAGGAAGAGGGAGAACAAGGCCAGCACUUACGGCAUAAAUUAUAUGUUGAGCUCCAGCAAUGGGAACUACUACAGCGGGACGCCCUGGAAAACCAUGAAAUAUAACGUGGGGGUGACGGGACUUCAUGAAGAAGUCUUAGACUUCUACAAUUUCAUGUCACCACGCCCUGAAGAGGAGGCCAUGCGUAAAGAAGUAGUAAAACGAAUAGAAUCUGUUAUCAAGGAGCUCUGGCCUUCAGCUGAUGUUCAGAUUUUUGGAAGUUUCAGUACAGGUCUCUAUCUCCCAACCAGUGACAUAGACCUUGUAGUUUUCGGGAAAUGGAAGAACCCACCUUUACAGCUAUUAGAGCAAGCGCUGCGAAGACGGAACAUUGCUGAACCAUACUCUAUUAAAGUACUUGACAAAGCUACAGUGCCAAUUAUAAAACUGACUGACCAGGAGACAGAAGUCAAAGUAGAUAUCAGUUUCAAUGUUGAAACUGGUGUGAAGGCAGCUCAAUUUAUCAAAGACUUUAUUAAGGGAUACCCAGUGUUACCUUACUUAAUACUGGUCUUAAAACAAUUUCUUCUUCAGAGGGAUUUGAAUGAAGUCUUUACUGGAGGAAUUAGUUCUUACAGCCUCAUUUUAAUGGCUAUUAGUUUCCUACAGUUACAUCCAAGGAUUGAUGCCAGAAGGCCUACUGUAAAUCUUGGAGUUCUUCUGGUGGAAUUCUUUGAACUGUAUGGGAGACAUUUUAAUUACUUGAAAACUGGUAUUAGAAUAAGAAGUGGAGGUGCGUACGUUGCCAAAGAUGAAAUCAUGAAGAACAUGACCAAUGGAUACAGACCAUCCAUGUUAUGUAUUGAAGAUCCUCUGGUUCCAGGAAAUGAUGUAGGGAGGAGUUCAUAUGGAGCCAUGCAAGUCAAGCAGGUGUUUGAUUAUGCAUACAUUGUCCUAAGUCACGCCGUGUCACCGCUGGCAAGAUCUUACCCAAACAAAGAUUCUGAGAGCACACUUGGAAGAAUCAUUAAAGUGACCCAAGAGGUAAUAGAUUACAGGGAGUGGAUCAGGAAGAAAUGGGGUGCGAUUGUAGGAUCACCUGAUUCUGAUAAUAGUGUUAAGAUUGAACCAGUGGAUAAGACUACUAGUAAUAUCAACAGAGAACACCAACAGGGCCGAGAUUCUGAGUCUCCAUAUAGCCAAGCAUCACCUAUGUCAUUGUCAAGCCCGCAGCAGCUCUCAUCUGCCUCCUCUUCAUCAGCUGCUUCACUGUCUGGAAGUGAUAUAGAUUCUGAUUCUACACCAUGCACAACUCCAAACCUUCACCACUUUGGCAUCCCUGCAUUAGCUCCUUUGAUGGCAACUUUAGCACCUACACUGCCCAUCCCAAGUGGGAAACCACAGCCAAAUAUAACAGGUGCAUUGAUAGUGACUUCAAAUACUCAGGCUAGGAUUGCUGUCUCACCAGCCAGUAUUGGUGUUUCCACACACCCUGCACUUCCUUCCAGGCAGCAGCACAAUGGGCCAAAGUAUUCGGUGAAGGGACUCCAUAAUCAAGGCUCUAGUCAUAAUUCAGUUGGAGGUAUGAAGCAGCCAGUCAUUCACAGAGGGCAUAACCAAUAUAAUCGCACCAUCUCUAAAAGGAGAAGACAGACAAGGGAUACCAUAACUGUUAGUUUAAGUCGGUAGGGGUGUGCCAUUGGAAAUCAUCCUCAGUCUUCUUAAAACUGAUCUCAACAUCAGACUGGAAAUAAAGACCAGCAUUUACUUGCAGUUAGUGGAUAUUGGUUAAUAUCUGCAACUGGCUGUUUGCAUGUGUCCGAUUAUGAUGGUUGAACUCCAUCUUACAGAACAUAUCAUCUUGUGCUAAGUAUUUGUGAAGCCUUAUUGGAUAUGGAGGUUUUGCUUUCCAUAGUUCUCAAGUAAGUCGCUGCUGGAACGGCUCUGGUGAUAGACCUGCAAGAGCUUGAAGCUUUCACCACAAAACUCUGCAGUUGAUGAGCAUUUCCUGCAAUUCUUCAUGGCAGAGGCAAACUUAAGGAAUCCUUUAACCCGAGGGUCAUUCUAGUAGCUGAUCUAGGUGGAUGUUUUCAUGGCAAUUAGUUUUGCCGCUUCUUAGUCAUGGUUUCAUACAUAUAUCAGAACUUUUUACUCUGUACAUAUUGAACAAAUUGUAUCAUUCGUGCAAUAACUGUUUUCAGAAGUUUUUAUUUAAUUUUCAUAUGAUGUUAUUAUCACAUGUUUAAGUUAUAUUUAAGUGGAGGAGGGAAACAUUUUUCAAGUUUACAAAUCCUUUCCCAGGUUGCAUAUUCUAAGUUUGUAGAGGAUUCUUAGUUUGGCAGGUUUGAUAUUUAAGCUGAGUGUGCUAACACUGUAAGGGAUUUUGUUGAGUAGUUCUGGCUCCUUGAUUCAUUAUAUAAUGCUCAGUACUAACCAGAAGUUUUAAAGAAAGUUAGCGCAACUGGAAUCAUUUUUUCUUCUGCUUUGGUCAUUAUUUGUGUUUUAGGCUGCGUUUUCUCAGGGUCUGUUUAUAGUCACCUUGAAUCUAUAACUUCUGAUUUGAAUAAGAGCCAGAAACGCAAGUCUUAACAACACUGAAGAAGCAUACUCAAAUUUUGUCCGAACUUGGAGAACUUUGUUCAGUGUUUAAAGUCAUGCUAGUCAUAAAAACAUAACCUGUUAAUGUUGGGGUCCAAAUGGCAUUUAUGAAUGAUGUUCCCAGCUAACAGAAUGUGGUGGAAGGAAUUAUGUUGAUUCUAUUAAAGAAUCUGUAUACCAGUAUGCAUAUGUUCUAUUAGGAGCAAAAAAAAGUACUUCUACUGUAUGCAUUUGUAGGAAGUGUUUUGAUGCAGUAUUGCAAUGGACAACAAAGAUUUUAACUCAACUGUAAUGCUGGCACUUAAUGAAUAUUACUCAUGCAUACAGUUAGACUAUGCAAGAUUUUUUUCAUGACAACCACUGUUUUGUUACCUUUUUGGAAGAGAGAAAAACUACAGCCUGCCUAGCCCUAUGUUUUAAAGAAUGUACCACAGUUGCCCUGAGGGAUUUGAUCUGCCUUCUGUAUUGCCUGAAUUAAGUUGAAAUUUAAACACGAAAUGAAGAGGUGCCGACCCAACUAAACACUAAUAGGUGGAUGAAGUCCAUUUGUGGAGGUGGUUUUGUUUGGAGAUAAUAUUGCCAUGACAUUCAGGAAUUCGAAAGAAAACACUUGGAAAAUUUUCAAGCUUAGUCUUUUCUCAGUAACGGUAUACAAGGACAUUUCAUAAUGUUACUUCUAUAUUAUUGUGUGAUACUGCGAGCUCACUGCCAUGAUUUUCUGUUGCAUGCUGUUGACUUGUUUAGCUGGUGUGCUUUAUAUUCUAUAACAUUCCAGUAAAGUCCACACUUUGUACACACUGUAAUUUCAUGAAAAUAAUUAUCUGUUAAAUUUGUUUUACAGGAGGGUUAAAUUUGUAGAAAUUUUGUUGAUGUAGCAUUCAAAUUUGCCAGUUGAAAAUUUAAGAAAAAACACUGUAGAUGCCAGAAAUCUGAAAUAAAAGCAAAUGGUUGGAAACAGUCAGAUCAACCAGCACCUGUGGAAAACAGAAAACUAGGGUCUGUUCUAGGGUUUUUACCUGAAAUGUUAAUGUGGUUUCUCUCUCCUGAAAUCGCUGCUUGAUGUGCUGGGUGUUUCCAACAUCUUGUUUAUAAAUUUGUCAAACUGCCCUCAUGAAAGUGGACAUUAUAAUAGUAGUGGAAACUUCCAAGUGCAGGUGUUAGUGCCUCCACUCCAGUGUAAUUAGCAUGAUAGUGAGUCAAAGUAUUUCCAAAUUCAUAAUGGGCAUGGUAGAAUAAUGCAGUGCAGAGAAUUAUUUUUGUUCAACUAUAGAUUAUGUAUCAAUAAUCUAUUCAUUCUUGCUCUGUAGAAUGACAGGUAUAAUGUAAAGCCAAAAUGAAAGUUUUGUAGCUACACAUUCCAAUGCACGAACAAAUUUUGGGGCAAUAUUUUGCCUGUAAUGUAUUCUAGAUGCUGCAUAUCAUUCCACAUAGUGACAGGUAUUUCCCUAUGCCACUGUUUUGAAACUGCUUUUCAUUAAUGCGGGUCAUCGAGGUCUCAGCAUUUGGGUUUCUCUGUACCUUUGGUUAGUGAAACUGGGACACCUUUGCUGUACAGUUAGAAGGCUUUAGUUUCUCAUGAUUGCUUUCAGAAUUGUGAUUCCUGUCCAUAAUUUAUCAGUAUAAUUGUGACUUAAAACUGGACACAGGGUGAACAGAUACUGCUAAGUUUUCUAAUCUGAAAUAAAAAGUAAUGAAAUCAGGGUGGUGUAUUUUGCACAAAAUCCUAACAUGCAUUGUUAGGAUAUCUGAACCAUAUGCUAUGAUUUUCCACAAAGUGCCCGUUUAAAAAAAAACAAUUGUGAUUUGAGUUUUAUUUCCUUGUAAAUCAGGAAAUUUUUGAUUAUAUAUUUAAAGAACUUUCAUUUCACCAAGUGUCAGCCAUAGUAAACAGGGAUUUUGUUUUUAAUUGGCUCAGUGUAUUUAAACUCUUAAAUUUAAGUGAAUUUGUUUCCAGUUGACAUUGAUGCUACCUUUGCUGACUUUGUAGCAUCUUGUCUAACACGAAAUCCUAAAUUGUCACUUAAUUUCAUGUUUUCUUAACGGUUUAUUGUUGUCAGAAAACUUCAAGUUUUCUACAAUUGUUUUGUAAUUCCACUGGACUGAAACUGAGGGCUAAAUUGUCAGAAUUAGCUUCUGUAGCAAUUAGACCCUGCCAGUUACAAAAAUGGUGAGAACAAAUUAUUUUUAUGAAAUUACUGUACAAGGUAUCAGUUUAAUCAUACUGGUGAUCCCACCAAACAGUACAGCUCAAACCAAAGCUCAAAUGAAAAAGGGUGAAAUUGUGCUGAAAUGAUUUUCUAUUGAUUAUAACAUCUAGCUAUAUAAGCUUCAGCAAUGGCAGAAACACAUUACUUUGUACAUAUUCGGUUUAUGCAAUUAACAUCUGAAAAUGCUGUGUAUUUUGUGGUGCUAGAUAACCAUCUGUAUCAUGUUCAAGUCGUGUCAUGGUGAACAAUGAAUUAGCCAGAUUACCACUGUGGGGCUGUACGUUCUUGCGUACAAAAAAAAAAAGAAUCGUGUUUAGGACUCUACUGGGGCAACUUGUUACGGCAAGUGAAAAUUCAACAUAUUUUUUAUGUAUAGUUUUCUAUUCUUUGAUUAUUUUUAAUAAACUUACUGAAACAAUUGUAUUUGA